GCCCCUUGGGGCCGCCCCCGCACCCCGCUCGCCGGCGUCUGGCUCUCAUGAUGAUGAAGAAGAAGAAGUUCAAGUUUAAGGUGGACUUCGAGCUCGAGGAGCUCUCCUCAGUGCCCUUCGUCAACGGGGUCCUCUUCUGCAAGAUGCGGCUGCUGGACGGCGGCAGCUUCACCGCCGAGUCCCCCAGGGAGGUGGUGCAAGCAAACUGUGUUCACUGGAGGAAGAAGUUCUCAUUUAUGUGCAAAAUGAGUGCGAGUGCCACCACAGGUGUCCUGGACCCUUGUAUCUACAGAGUGUCUGUGAGGAAGGAAUUAAAAGGUGGAAAAGCUUAUGCAAAGCUGGGCUUUGCAGAUCUAAACCUGGCAGAGUUUGCUGGAUCAGGAAAUACCACCCGUCGCUGUUUACUGGAAGGCUAUGAUACCAAAAAUACAAGACAAGACAAUUCCAUUCUUAAAGUUUGGAUUAGUAUGCAACUGAUGUCUGGUGACCCAUGUUUCAAAACGCCUCCUUCUACAUCAAUGUGUAUACCAAUUGCUGGUGAAUCUGAAUCUCUGGAAGAAGAUAGAAAAGGUGGAGAGACUCUCAAAAUUCAUCUUGGGAUAGCAGAUCUCUCAGCAAAGAGUGCCUCUGUUCCAGACGAACUCGGUGCCUGUGGACAUUCUAGAACAUCAAGCUAUGCGAGCCAGCAAUCGAAAGUAUCAGGGUAUAGCUCCUGCCACUCCCGGUCAUCUAGUUUCUCUGAGCUCUGCCACAGGAGAAACACCUCAGUGGGAAGUACAUCAACAGGAGUUGAAAGUAUUCUAGAGCCAUGUGAUGAAGUUGAGCAAAAGACAGCUGAACCAAGUCUUGAUAUAGCAGAUAAAGAAGAUACAGCUUUAGAAAUACUCAACAGAUGCCCAGUGAAGCAAGAUUCUGUAGAAUCUCAGCUGAAGCGAGUUGAUGAUACCAGAGUGGAUGCAGAUGAUAUUGUGGAGAAAAUAUUACAGAGUCAAGACUUCAGCCUAGAUUCCAGUGCAGAAGAAGAAGGACUAAGGUUAUUUGUGGGUCCUGGAGGAAGAACAACCUUUGGAAGUCGUCAUCUUCCAAACAGGGUGGGGUCUGGAGCUUAUGAACAAGUUGUGAUCAAACGCUAGAAGUCAAGCUGGUGAACUGAAGCUUCCCUGUGGGUUUAAGAUGUGGGCAGUUGAGCUAUUAAGGCACUUUAUUCAAGCACUUAGAGCAAAUGAACCUAUUAAAAAAAUGAAGCAUGUUCGUCUGUCAAGAGGAAAGCCAACACUGAUUUCUCCUCUGAAGGUGCCCACCACUCUCCUUUCACACCUACCAACAGGGACGUUGAAAUGGUAGUACCAGAGCAGUGUGCCACGUGUGCUUACAGGAACACGGCCUUUGUGGUCACUGCACAUAAUAAUGAAAAGCCUGCUUUUUCUGUCAAAACAUCCAGUGGGAAAAAACACUAUACAUCUGAGUAUAGUUUUAGUGUUUAAGUGUCAAACCUGUGAUAGACAUGUUCAACAGAUUCGGCUCUAGCUUUUAAAUUUUGUGUUUGCGAGACAAGAAGUGAAAAUAAUUUAAACUAUAAAUUAUGCCAAGAAUAGAUAUAAUUCCUGGGAAGGAAAUCUUCCAUAUUAUACUCCUUACAGUAUUGUACUAAAUUCAUUCACUCUUCUUGAUGCAAUAAUUGAUAUAAAAUGUGGGUGUUUGUGCUUUGGGAAAGUGUUAUACUACAGUUUAAAUAUGUAAAAUGCUUAAUUCUAAACGAAUCAGUCAUAAAUUGAAAAACAAGUGUGUGUUAUUUAAGUCUGAGAUACAUGAAUGAGUAUAAUGCUAUUAUUAUGCAGUAUGUAUCAUUACCUGUUAAUAUUAGAUGAGCUGCAGAAUUCCCACUAGUGCGAUAUAAAAGACUAAGAGAAGUGUAAGAUUCAGUAUGUUAAGCUUUCAUAAGAUGCCCUAACGUAAGAGCUCUGUUAACUAACAAUAAUAUCUGCUGGGUUUAGGAGUCAAACUUUAGAACAACAGGAGGAAAAUUGAGAUGUGGUCAGAAACAAAACUGCCUUUUCUCUGAAGAUUCAGGCUUACAUGAAACUGAAAAUCAUUCCAAGGAGGUAAUGGAUAAAGAACAAGGGAUAGCCGCUUGACCUUACUGACAUGGACCUGUUGUUUUCCGUUUUCUUCUUUGCUGCAUCAGAAAUUAGUUAUUUUGAGGCAAGAAUAGAAAACAACAUACAUCAGGUAGAGCUUUUAAAGAAAGAAUAUCUGAUCUGGAUCCAGUUAAAUAGCACAGCAGAUAAACCUUAAGAGUUUUUCUGGUCUUACGUGACAGUUUCUGUGUGGAAAGAUCUCAGUUUUGUUGGACUUAAUUAGUCACUGAAAAAGAAUGUUGCUCCUAUGGAACCAGUAACUCCCAGUCCUUAACUUUCAAAACCAGGUUCAAGAAAUGUAGUGUGUUAGAAUUACUUUGGUCUAGUUAUUUCCAUGUUGGCAAAAUAAGGGAAAAAUAUUAUUUUUUAAGAAAAUUUAUUUUAAUACCCAAAUUUAGAGGUUUGAAAGUUUUUUAAUAAUUCAUGUUAAGGUUUUUUUUUUAAUAUUUCAAUGAUUGGCUAUUCCAAAUUAAGUCAAUACUACUUUUAUAAAUAGAUUCUGAUUUUUUUUUAAAGAGAUAACACCCUAUUUGGGGAUAUUUUGAAUGUUGAAAGAUAGAAUUUUCUCACUUAUUAGUUAACCUUUCUUAUUAAGAUUUGUUAUGAAGAAAAACACUGACCUGAACAUUUUAAUCUAAUCAAGGAAAAUACUACCUUAAGUGGUAAAGACUUGCUGUCUGUGAAUAAACAGGUGAAUGAUCCAUUCAUUAUAUAUUAUGGGAAGAAGAAAAUCAAAGUUUUUAAGAGAGAUGUGAAGAUACUGUUUAGAGAGAUAUUUAGUAUGACGUCUUAAAAACGUAUUUUUCUAUUUUCAAAGUAUUAGUUCUAUAUUUUUUAUUGGCAUCUCUACAGAUGAUUUUGCAGUUUUGAAAGUGAUUAUAAAAA